AUGUCGAGAAACCCUGCACUCUAUGCAUCAGAGCAGGGACAAAGUCGCGGGGCCAGACUGGAAGGCCCGUCAAGCACUCCUCUGUUAUCACAGUCUGGCACGCCACGCAUCCCGCUGCAAGCAGCUUGUACUUCUGCUGUUGAUCAGACUCAAUCAUCUAGCUACAUCCGCGACUUCGAUGGCAGCCCGGAUUUGGUGAGUCGAUCAGAAGCAAGUCCUGAUGAAGGACGACAGUAUGGCGCAAACGACUCUACCAUGGGUUUUGCGAAAAUCAUUCUCGGAGAAGACGACGACAGUGAUUCUCCAGCCAGCGGAACAAUCCCUGGUGACCCUGGACGGGCGACCGUAGAUCCGCAAACUCCACACCACAUUUCGACGCCUUUACCCUGUCAAGGCUUCUUGCCAAUCGCUGUGGACGCCUACUUCGACAGAGUGAAUUGGUACAUUAUGCUCUUCCAUCAGCCGUCAUUUGUCAACCGCGCACAAGAGAUCCUCAGCCGUUCUACAUGGCCGCAAGAGGACUUGUGCGAGGUUCUUCUCAUCAUCAUGGUAGCAGUACUGGGCCUGCGUUGUGUAGAGCAUGACAAAACUUGGAAUGGACACCAAUUGUUGCAUGCUUAUUCGGCGACAGCAGCGUCAUUGAGCUCAGAAUUGAUGAUGCUGAUAAGCUCACACUUUUACGAAGUCUUGAUGGAGGCAAGAAUCGAAGCAUACCAGAUUUGCAUGUUGAUGGCCAACUAUCACGUCUACUUUGGCUCGUCGAAUUUUGCCUGGAACGUGUCUGGGGUGUCUGCCAGAACGGCAUAUGCGCUAGCUCUUCAUUGUGACAAAGCGAAAAGCACCGGUGGUGAUAUUGCUCGCGAAGUCAGCAAUCGUUGCUGGAACCACCUGGUUGUAUCUGACCAAUUUUCGUCCAUGAUCUUUGGCCGUCCGGCGACGCUAGAUCCUGCAUUCGCUCAGUUCAAGAAGCUCACGGACCUGGACGAUACGGAACUCCCUGCUGACACGGCAAGACUUGGCAUUUUACAAGGAAGUCAUCCAAAAGUGACAUUCCUCACAUACCAUGCUUUGAAGUUCGAGAUUUACCAUAUCAUCCGACACACUUUGGAAAGUUUCAAAGUGCUCCAGCUACGAAGCCCAGUCACGGUGCAAGAUUUGAAGACGUUGAUUCAGGUCGUGAACAGCACAGAGGUCAUGUUGGAACAAUGGCACGAGAACCUUCCUACCGUGUUCAAACCUUCCCAGUGGCCAGCGGACGACCCAUGGAAUGUUCUUGAACUUGACAGAUGCGACUGGGACGAAAGGAACAUCAGAAGGAAACUCGGACUCCAAGGAUUUAUUCUGCAGCUCUUAUACGACGCCGCCAGAGUAUGGGCUCGCCGGCCGUUGUUGAAACUUCGAAUCUCCAUCCCGCCAGAAGAGAGCAUCGAGAACAUUGCAAUCAGUGAUGUCCCGGACUCCCUGGGGGCGUCGGUACAGGCAGCGUUGCGCAUGUCACGGGUCCCGGUCGCUGAAUUUGACGGCCACCUUGCUCAAUCGUUCGUGCUGAUGCACCUCUUUACGGCGGGCAGUGUUCUGUGCAUAGCACCGACCUGUCAACCGUACAGCAAAACCGCGGGCGAAGCGAAGGCCGGAGUCCUGAGAAUCAUCUCCGCGUGUAGGGCCAUCAAAGACGAGAGCAAGAUCGCCAGGCACAUCGAUCAGAUGCUGACGAGGCUGUACAAGAAGACCAUGGAACGGGAGAUGGACAACGCCCUACGAUUACCGCCGGACACGGUCCCGCCGAAACAUCAUAUAAUAAUAGACCACAUACCGCCUGUCGGGACGAAGCACGCCCGAGACACCGCCACCACCACCACCCAUUCGCAAGCCCGACCACACUCAGAGCAACUUAAUCCUUUGGUGCCCAAAGCCAUGGCUCAAGCCGCGAUGGAAACGUCGGGAAACAUCGUCCCCGACCACAGAAGCGGCAGCCUGAAUGUCCAGACAGAAUACCAUGCCCACAACCCAGAUGGAGGUCAACUUCCUCCUCCUGGUGAACCCGUGGUGUCAUACCUGCAUUUCGAAUCCCUUCGGAACAACGAUCGAAUCGAGGCUCACGUCGAUGAGGACUUCGAUGGAACAUUUGGCGCGUUUGAAGAAAGUAAGUGUGUCUCCAGGAUUUGA